AUGAAGUCCCUCCACCGCCGACUCCAGAGCCGCUUCCGCCCCAGCCAAGACUCGGAAGACGAAUACAGCGGGCUCCUCCGCGACGUCAUGCCCGGCGGGCACGUCCUCACCGAGGCCGAACCGGCCUCGCCGACGAUUCCCGAGCCAGCAGCCGGGCCGAAGUUCCCAGACGCCGACGGCUUCCGCGCCUCGGCCCACCAUCAAAGGCAAUCCGUCUUCUUCAGACUGCCGUACGAGGUGAGAGAGCCCAUUUACCGGCAGCUGCUGCGGGCCGCGGGCCGCAGGCAGCACAUCUUUGUCGCCAACGGGCGGUACACCCACACCCGCUGCCUUAUCGACGACGACGAGGACGGGGGCGGGCCAGACGAGCGUCAGGUAGAGCUGCGACGGCUGAUGGGUGAGGCUCGGAGGAUCAGCCAUCCCAUCUGGGCGCGUCGCCUCUUGUCUUCGUGGAAUUGCCACUGGAGGUGCGAGGAGGCUGCCAUGGCCGAAGCCGAAGGAUCGGCGAGCGAGCCGACGCCUCUUUUGGCUGUUUUGCUUUCUUGCAAGAUGAUGUGA